GGCGACUUCCAUGUGAAAACGAAGCUGAAUAGCAAAGUGUUUACUUUUAUACUGCCAAGUAUUUUAUUUUAGCUACUAAUUCAGUUACAUCUACAUGAGCCAAUAGUAUUUCAAGUUGGUAACGUCACUUUGAAGAAAACAUCAAACAGCAUCGUACCAUCAAUGCGUUUAUCGUGAGCCUGUUGUUUACUGCACCGACUGCCAGUCUGCAACUCCCGGUGGAGACUGCACAGCCAUAUUAACUUGUGUUUCAACACAAAGACGGCGCAGAGUGUGAUUGUUGAAUACGGGCAAAUCACCCCUGUGCACCAGACAUGGCUGAAGAAGUCUCGUCGCCGGUGUCAACUGUUGAAAUUACUGUUGAGAACAUCGAAAAGGCUCUACAUCAACUGUAUUUUGAUUCUAAUCUUGCAAACAAAGAUACAGCACAGAAAUGGUUGACCUUGGCACAGAGGGCGCCCCAAGCUUGGCAGUAUUGCUGGAUACUUUUAGAACCUUCUAAGCCUCCUGAAGUUCAGUUUUUUGGUGCAUGUACUAUACAUAUAAAGAUAUCCAAAUCUUGGAAUGAAUUACAUCCGGAGCAAUAUGAGAUUCUGAGGACACAGCUCUUUCAAAAUAUUUUUCAAUUUUCAUCUGGAACAAUGUCAUCUUUUGUGUUGAACACUAUGCCUGAGAUAUGGCCAAAGGCAAUCCAGGGAAUAAUUGAUACAUUUCAACAGACUAACUUGGCACAUCUAAAUGACACUGAUAAAUGUACCGCUUUACUGGAACUACUCACAGUGCUACCUGAAGAGUUUCACACUUCGCCAAUGUUACAGUCAAGAAGGGGUCAUGUUAGACAUGAACUGCAGCAAGGUAUUCAGUGUGUUUUGCCACUGCUUGAGAGGUUACUGACAACAGAAUCACCAAUGGCGAUACAACAGCAUGCAUUGAAAUGUUUUUCCAGCUGGGUCAUGUUUGGUAUUCCUCUCACUGAUAUUGAAAUGAUGAUUCAGAUGUUAUUCCGACUGAUCCACAAUCCAGAUCUCUUUGAUAUAUGUGUGGAUGCUAUUGUCAAUGUUGUGUGCAAUCCCAUUGCAUAUAACUAUCCAAAUGGAAUACUUAAAAUGAUUCCCCAGGCUUUACUUCUUAGAGAGAAAUUCAAUUCUGCUGUUGAUGAGAAGGAUGCGGAAGUUUGCAAUGGUAUUUGUAGAUUGGUUGUGUGUAUUGGUGAGAACCACUCCAAGUGUAUGUUAGAAUGUCCAGAAGAAUACAAGGAACCAGUGAUGGAAUUGACAAGGUUUAUAUUGAGUUUUUCAGCAUUGCCUGGAUACUUUCCUGUGGAUGAAACCAUUAGUAAUAUUCCUUUUGGAUUCUGGUAUAUCAUGCAGGAUGAUAUCAUAUCAGCUGCUUCAGAUCAUUUUCAGCAAUACACCACUGUUUACACACCAGUCUAUAUGCAGUUAGCUGAGGUGCUAUUAAACAAAGUGCAAUAUCCACCAGACAGUGAAUAUGAUGGCUGGUCAGCAGAUGAAAAAGAAGAAUUCCGAUGUUACAGGCAGGAUAUUGCUGAUACGCUGAUGUAUGCUUACACUUUACUACGAGAACCUUUUAUGCUAGAAGCUUGUCUAUUUGUAUUCCGUUCAAUAGCUGAGGGUUUAGAGUAUGGGGAUGAUCAGUGUGUACAGAACUUGAUGAUGUUAUUACCGCAGAUACCCUUAACCAACAAUAAACUAGCAUCUACUGCAAUGUACAUGCUAGGUGCCUAUGCUGAGUGGUUACAUGAUUUUCCUGAUGCCUUACAGACAGUGAUACCACUUCUGUUAUCAGGUCUCCAUAAUGCCGAGUUAGCAAUAGCAUCAACCGUAGCUCUCAAAGACAUCAGUGCAGAGUGUAUCCCACAUUUACAACCAUUCGCCACAGAUAUACUCAGUACAACAGAGGCUGUAUUUACUACUAAUGUUGUGAAGUCUAGGGAAUUGAUUCGUCUGAUGAGUACAGUUGGUUACACAUUGUCAUCUCUGAGAUUAUCGAGUACAAUGAGUUAUUUAGACGUCUUGGUAGGACCUAUUGUACAACAGUUAGAAGCAUUAACCAGCGAACAGCCGUCUGCCAUCACAAAGUCUGGAAUUCAUGUACGUAUCAAUAUGCUGUCAAUGUUGUUUUCAACACUGGACUACAGACGACCAGAUAACACUGAGGAAGGCACAACAAAGAAGCAACCAGCGCCACCGCAGUCUGAAGAAACCCAGCCAGUAUUGUUGGUUUUACAACAAGUGUUUCCUCUGAUUCAAAAGAUUGUUUCUGUGUGGUUAACAGACACUGGUAUUAUUGAGGACGUUUGUGAAUUGCUGAAACGAGCUCAGCGAACCUUACUUGAUGACAUGGCUCCACUAGUACCUCAGUUAUCACAGAUUAUUGUACAGAUAUAUUCCGUUAUUCCACAGUCAUCGGUUCUGGAAUUAGCAAAAUCAUUAAUGAUGUUAUUCUCUACUGAUGAAGCCCAAUUACCAACACUCAAGUCUUUAUAUGUAUCAUUAUCUACCAAAACCUUGAGUAUAUUUCAGACUGCAGGAAUUCAUGAACAUACCGAUGUCAUUGAAAGUUAUAUGUCAUUAAUUUCACAGCUACUAAGAAAGUGCCCUCAUGUGGUCGUUUGUGAGGACUGUAAUCCAUUACCUAUCUAUCAGAUUGGAUUAGUAGGAUUAACAUUACCAGAAACUAUCACUGUCAAAUCUACAGCAAUAUUCUUUUGUGACUUCAUCAAUCAAUCAUCCAAGUUUCCAUUGUUAGCUCAAAUUGUAACGGAUUAUGGCCAGAAUCUGGUGGAAAUCAUUUUGAAGGCAAUUGGUGGUGCAUCACCACGACAAGUUAUGGAUCAUAUGGCUGAUAUACUGAUGUCACUCAACAAAAACACCUUUCAACUUUUAUGCAAAUGGCUUGAAGAAUUACUGUCUAUCCCACAAUUCCCCUCACCAAUAGCCUCCAAGGAAGACAAAGAACACUUCAAAAAGUCUGUUGUUUGGGCGUUCCUUAGGCCUCCGGGAACGCAAUUGUGCAAUCAUAUGAGAUUAGCUUAA